GAUUUGUAUCUGGGGAAAUAUAGAAUGAUCUGUGUAUGUGUGAAUACUCAAUACUUGCAGCUUUACUAGUCUGAGAUAUGCUAAGCAUGAGAAAACCUUCUUGCUUUGUUUUCAUCUUUUUACUUCAUUUCUUGAUGAUCUCUUUAGCUUGCAGUGGGGAUGAUAUCACCACGGACAAAUAUGCACUUCUUGCUUUUAAAUCCUUCGUUACUUUGGAUCCAUACAAUUUCUUAGCAAGGUGGUCCAUCUCUUCUUUCCCCUGCAAUUGGAUUGGUGUCACUUGCGAUGCUCACCAUAGAAGGGUCAAAUCCUUACAUCUUAGUGGUAUGAAUCUCAUAGGUAUCAUAUCUCCACAGCUAGGAAAUCUCUCAUCUCUUACUGAACUUGAUCUUAGUAACAACAAUUUUCAUGGUCGUAUACCGAAAGAACUGCUUCGAUUACAUAGAUUGAAGUUGUUUAACUUGAGCUACAACGACUUUCAUGGACAAGUUCCAACAUGGAUAGGAGCCUUAUCUACACUUCAGGACUUGGAUCUUUGUAAUAACAGUUUUAGUGGAUUUAUUCCAACAUCUUUAUCUAAUCUAUCAAGGCUGGAGACUUUGGAUUGGAAUUUUAAUUUCAUUGAAGGGACCAUUCCAUCCGAAAUCGGAAGUCUAAAGCAUUUGAAGAUUUUACGGCUUUCAAAGAACAAGCUUUCUGGAGCAAUUCCUCAAACAAUUUCCAACUUAUCUUCUCUUGAAAGAUUGAGUUUGUCUUAUAACACUUUAUCAGGAGGCCUUCCAAGGGAGAUUGGUAAUCUUCAACAGCUACAGAUAAUAUAUCUUUCAAAUAAUCAGUUUUCUAACUCUAUACCAGCUUCCAUAUUUAAUAAUUCAAUGAUGCAGUACAUUGAACUUAGCAACAAUAACUUCUCUGGUAGCCUCCCAACAAAUGUAUGUUUUGGGCUUCCGAAUCUUGCGAGACUUUAUGCAAAUGAAAAUGAUUUGUCUGGUCCAAUACCUUCUAUCUGGCAUCAAUGCAAAGAAUUGCUAGAGUUAGAUCUAAGCAAUAACAGAUUCAAGGGAGGAAUCAUCCCAAUCGACAUUGGAAAUUUGACCAACCUCCAAUUCUUAUAUCUGAGCAACAACAGCUUGCAAGGUGAAAUUCCAUUGUCUCUUUUCAAUAUUUCUUCAUUGAGGGAAAUAAGUCUAGGUCGAAACAAUCUACAAGGUAAUAUUCCAAUACCAAUUGGCAAUUGGGCGUUACUCGAAAGAUUAGAUCUCAGUUACAACUCCCUUACAGGCGAAAUUCCAACAUCUCUCUUCAACAUUUCUUCAUUAACGGUAGUGUAUUUAACAAGCAACAAUCUAAAAGGUAGACUACCAUCAUCAAUCGGCAAUUGCACGUUGCUGGAAUAUUUAUAUCUAGAAGAAAACUCCUUAACAGGAGAAAUUCCACCAUCUCUCUUCAGCAGUUCUUCUUUAAGAGAAGUAUAUUUAACAAGAAACAGAUUAAAUGGUAGUUUGCGAACGUCAACUGGCAAUCAGACAAUGCUGGAAUAUUUACAUUUAGAAGACAACUCCUUUACAGGUGAAAUUCCUCAAUUUAUUUUCAACGCACCUUCUUUGGGAGAGGUUUACCUUUCCAACAACCAUUUCAACGGUAACUUGCCAGAAGAGAUGUGCCAUCAACUCCCUUUACUUGAAGUCUUUGGAGUUGUUAACAAUCAAUUAGAUGGAAGUAUUCCAAAAUCAAUAAGUAACUGUACAUCAUUGCUAGCCUUAUAUUUGGAUUUGAACUCGUUUUCAGGUUUUAUACCCAAGGAGAUAGCCAAUCUUAAUAAGCUUGAAGAGCUGGAUUUCUCACGUAAUAAUUUCAUUGGACCCUUUCCUUCCUAUAUAUUUAACAUUUCUGCGUUGACACAUGUCUCCCUUGCAAAUAACUCCCUUUCUAGCUUUCUCCCAUCAAAUUUAGGAAUUGGUCUUCCCAACCUGAAGAAAUUGAGGUUGGGACAAAAUCAACUUAUUGGGCAAAUUCCAAACAGCAUCUCAAAUGCUUCUAAGCUCAUCAUGUUAGAUUUAUCAGGGAAUAAAUUUAGUGGAGUUAUACCCACUGCACUUGGGAAUCUAACAAACCUGAUAGCAUUAUAUUUUGAUGGGAAUGAUUUGGACGGAUUGAUUCCAAAUACGAUUAACAGAUUGCAAAGCCUUCAACAUUUAUAUCUGAGUAACAACAGAUUGCAAGGGUCUAUCAGAAAUGAAUUGUGCCAAAUCAAAAGUUUGAGUGAGUUGUAUUUAGCCAACAAUAUGUUUUCGGGAAUGAUUCCAGGGUGUCUCACAAAUACAUCCUUGAGGAAGUUGGAUUUAAGGUCUAACAAAUUGAUUUCUCAUAUACCAUCUUCUCUUUGGAGUCUUGAAGAUAUAUUAGUCUUAGACUUAUCCUCCAAUGCAUUGAGUGGAAGAAUUCCCCCCAAAGUAUCAAACUUGAAAGCAAUUACACUCUUGAACUUGUCAAGAAAUCAACUUGUAGGAAACAUCCCUACAAGUAUGGGUGGCUUGAAAACCUUGCUUAGCCUUUCUUUGGCUCAUAACAAAUUACAAGGAGCCAUACCGGAAUCUGUUGGUGGAAUGAUAAGCUUGGAGUUCUUGGAUCUUUCUCAAAAUUACUUGUCCGGUGUGAUUCCAAAGUCAUUAGCGAUGCUCGUGUAUCUAAAAAACAUUAACCUUUCAUACAAUUUAUUGGAAGGAGAAAUCCCAAAUGGUGGGUCUUUUAAGAAUUUCACAGCUGAUUCUUUUAUGAUGAAUAAAGAUCUUUGUGGGAAACCCCAGCUACUAGUGCAGCCAUGUAAGAAAGGAAACAAGCAUAACUCCAAUAAAGUUAUGUUGUUGAUAAAAUGCUUAUUGCCAACCAUGGUUGUCAUUUUGGUUAUUAUUUUAUGCAUAGUCUUUUUAAAGCGUAAGAGAGAUUAUGUUAAUGAUUCAACCAAUAAGGAUUUAAUAAAUUUUGAGACACUAAUGAGGAUAUCCUAUUAUGAGCUUUUACGAGCAACAAAUAGAUUUGAUGAGUGUAAUCUUCUUGGAAGGGGAAGCUUUGGAUCAGUCUACAAAGCAAUUCUUUCAAAUGGAAAAAUAGUUGCUGUUAAAGUAUUUAACUCAAGCCCAGAAGGAGCAUUAAGAAGUUUUGACGUUGAAUGUGCUACUUUGUGCAAUUUACGUUAUUGCAAUCUCACUAAAAUAAUUAGUGAUUGCUCAAAUGGCGAAUUUAAAUCCAUAAUAAUGGAAUUCAUGUCAAAUGGGAAUCUUGACAAAUGGUUGCAUUCUAAUAACUAUUUUUUGGAUAUCUUGCAAAGGUUGAACAUAAUGAUUGAUGUGGCAGCUGCUUUGGAAUAUCUUCAUCAUGGUUCUUCUACACCAGUUGUUCAUUGUGACAUAAAACCAAGUAAUAUAUUGUUGGAUGAAGAUAUGGUAGCCCACCUUAGUGAUUUUGGUAUUGCCAAAUUGCUAGGUGAGGGACAGAUGGAAAUUUAUACCAAGACUUUGGCUACAAUAGGCUACAUGGCACCAGAGUAUGGAUCACAAGGAAUUGUUUCCUUUCAAGGAGAUGUAUAUAGUUAUGGUAUUUUGUUGAUGGAAAUGCUUACAAGAAAGAAACCUACAGAUGAGAUGUUUGUUCAAGGUAUGAGUUUGAAAGACUGGGUUAGCAAAUCAAUGCCUCAUUCCAUCAUUAAUAUUCUAGAUGUCAAUUUACUGCCAAAAGAUGAUCAAAAUAUUGGCAGCAUAUUGUCACAUAUAUCAUCACUUUUUGAGUUGGCCUUGCAUUGUUGCAUUGAUUUACCUGGGGCAAGAAUUAACAUGAAGGAUGUAGUGGUAACACUGAACAGAAUCAAGGCCUCGUUUAUAAAAGAUAUUAGAGACACCCCUAAAUACUUGAAUAAUUAUUAGAUCAAAUUUUAAUUAUUGCUCCUUUAGCUUUUUCUCCUUGUAUUUUUUCGGUUGAACUUUUAACCCUGAAAAAUGGAAUGAUGAUGUUUUUCUAUAUUGUAUUUUAUAGUGCAUUUAAAUUUUGAAUGUUGGCAUAUAGCAAAUUUAUUGUUACUAUUGCAUUUGAAUAAUGAGAACAUUCAAACCUUUAUCUAUUGUGAA